AUGAGAGCCUUAACUAUCAUACCAAUCUUUUUUUUACUAGGAAGUACCUUAUUAUUACUUUUAACAAUUAUUAAUGGAUCUGGUACUUCAUCAAUUUUAGGUAAAUUUUAUUGGUCUGAAACUGAUACAUCAGGUAUUGAAGGUGCUCCAUUUGAUAGAACAAGAUGGACUUUUUAUAGAAUUUGUGAUGUAAGUUCAGAUGGUCGUAACUCAAAUUGUCAAAAAUCUUCAGCUGCUUACCCAUAUUCACCAAAAGAUAAUUUUAAUUCUGAAGAGGGUUUACCAAAUUCAUUUAUUGAUGAUAGAAAUACAUAUUUUUAUCUUUCAAGAUGUGGUUGGGCUUUUAUUUUAGUUGCUUUAGUAUUUGCUGUAUUGGCUUUAAUUUUUGUUCCAAUUAAUUUUUGUACUUCAAUUGGUGGUACUAUAGGUUCAAUUUUUACUUUUAUAUCAUUUUUAUUCACUAUAACUGCGGCUGCUUUAAUUACUGCUGCUCAUGUUAAAGGUAAACAUGAAUUCAAUAAUGCUGGUCAUUCUACUAAUUUGGGUGCUAAAGCUUUUGGUAUAUUAUGGGCUGCUGUUGCUUGCUUAUUAAUUUCAUUUGCUACAAGUAUUGGUGCUUGUGUUGCAACAUUUAAAACUAAAAGAAGAAAUAAAAACAGAUAUGAUCAAGGUGUUCAACCUGUUAGUUCUUAUCAAAAAGAACAAGUUGGUCCUGAAUAUCAACAACGUGGUCAUUAUGCUGACGAUGAAAAUGUAGUUGGUGGUGAACCAGUUUCUGAUGCUUCAAAAUUUAGAUUUUUUAGAGUGAAAAGAGCUAAAAAUGAAGCUGAAGAAAUUUAG